UGUGUGCAGCGUCCUAAAAAUAAUGACAGAAAUGACAUUUGGGAUCCUACCAACUUCUUUACCGCAAACUGCUCCCUAUUACUUUCCAUUUCCAUAACAGCCACCCACUUUGUGCCUCCAUUAGUUACCUAUAUAUACCCAUCAUCCAUUUUUUACCACUAAAUCAAACCAUCACAUAAUUAAACUCACUAAAAAUCAAACAAAAUUCACUACUUUGUUUUUUUUUUUUUUUUUUUUUUUGUUGGUUUAUAGUCAUUGUUUAUAAUGCCAUGAAAAUGAGUCCUCCAUCCUUUCAACAUGAUCAACACUACCCUCACCCUCACCCCAACCCUUACCACCGUGGGCCGCAUCCGGUCAAGCAAGAGACUACUCUGCCUCCGGCUGUCACGACAACCACCAAUAACAAUAAUGUUUAUGGUAGAAUGACUCCGCCUCCGUCGUCAUUGAAGGUUAAUAGGGACUCCCAUAUGAUAAAGAAAUCUCUGGGGCCUAGUAGUGCUAAAUUGAAUCAACAACAGCAGCAACAACAACAACGAGGUCCGGUUAUUAUCUACACUCAUUCUCCUAAAGUCAUCCACACCAAUCCUAGGGACUUUAUGGCCUUGGUACAAAAACUCACGGGUAUGUCACGAAACGAAGAGGCCGGUACCUCAUCGAAAGAAUCUGAAUCUACUGUCCCGAAUCAUGAAUCUGACGCGGCUAAUGUGGAUUACACCCUGCAGCAUCAGCACCAGGAUAAUAAUAAUUAUAUGGGUAAGGUUGAAGGUUCUACUUGUCUCGGAGUAAACAAUAAUAAUAACCAUAAUAAUAAUAACAACAGUAGUAAUAGUACAGAUGAUAAUGAAUCAUCAUCAGUCAUAACAGACGAGAAUUGUAGCAGCAGUGGUAACAACACAGGUGAUGUGGGACAAUUUAAUCCUUAUAUGACUACUCCGCAGUUGUUUGACCUACUGCCCGCGCCACCACCCAAUUUGCCGCUCUAUUUGCCUAGCUCGUCGGAUAUGUUAUGCUAUGGUGGUGAUUCAGCUAUAUAUGAUUAUUAUAUUAAUUUUCCAUAUGAUCAGAUAACUUAAUUUCAUAUUUCUUUUUAAAUUUUGUUUCACUUUUGGCUAGUUAAACAGUUUUGGGACGUCUAAUGUGCGCCUGUUUUGGUUAGAUGGUGCACAUACGUCAACAAUUUUGGUGUUGCAUUAGAGUUAUCAUGAACCAUUUUUGUCAUUCAAUAAGUUAAAUCUUAUUUACGCUUUAAUUUGAUGUUUUCAUUUGUAAAUUAGCUUAUUCUGAAAUUACUCUUGAGUUUUCAUAUGCCAUGAAUGAGAGUUAAGUUAGUUUUUAUGUGUGAUUGCAAAGAAUGAGAGUAUUUA